UUUUGUUUCAGGUUCUAUGCAGAAACAAUGAACCUAAUACAAAGCUAAUAGUGAAAAGUGUAUAAUAAAAGACAUGUCGCAGCUACGCUUAUUACCAAUCUUCUUGGCCCUGUCCGCCACCGCAUUUGCUCAAUCCAACUAUGCGGACCAAGCCAACAACAUCGAGUACCACGGCGACGGCCUGCCACCAGAGGCCACCUUGGAUGGGAAAGUGACGAAAUUGGAUGAUCUCAGCCCCGUGAUAUUUCUGAACCGAACGAAGGCGGCACUAAAUUGCGCUGCUGGAUCCAUGCAGGUUGAACUGAAAUUUAACAAUAAAUUUUAUGGGAUAGCCUAUGCCGACUUUGACAGAAACUCUGCAUGUCAAAUAGCAGGAAAGGGCGGUCUUAGUUACAAGUUGGAGCUGCCACUGAAAGGAUGUGGCACAAAACAAGAACCUCAACGAGUGUUUACCAACAACAUUGUUGUCAGGUUUCAUCCUGGCCUAGAAAUGGAUGGCGAUGAAAUCAUUACCAUCGUUUGUAGAUACCCACCACCUGUAGCUCCCGUGCCACCUAUACCUCUUCCAAUUCAAGAGGCAUCCGUACCCAUAGCUGCCUUGGAACCUCCUUUAAAAGGAUUCCAAAUCCUUCUCAUCAUCUGCGGAAUCCUAUUUCUCUCUCUGCUACUGUUGGGUUUGGGAUGCUCAUACUACUGCCUCAGAAGAAGACCAGUUACGCUUAUACGACCAUUCUCAACCAUUGGAACUGAAUCCGAAAUUACCAAGCUGUCUGGAAGCUCUUUAGGUACCCUGUCCAUGUUCGAAGGUCUGAAGAUUCCGCGCGCUCAUGCUCCGGUGGGCUUAAUUGGCAGCAGCUCAGGAAGCGACGAAGGACAUCUUAUUAGCGAUACGUUGCCUUCCGACUAUCCGUCGGAAUCCCAUUCAGAAGUGGAGGAAACACGAUCAUUACCUGUGUCAUCAGCUGGAAGUUUUGAAAAUAGAGCUUUCCUUCAAGAUAAUGGAAGCUUUUAUAGCGAAGGCUAUGGACAUACGCAGGAACAACAAAUACAUAAUGCUAUUGCAAGUCCUCUAACAGCACCGAGAUUACCAAUGGCUAUUAAAGGUGAACAACCAAACUUUGACGUACAAGUUCGUGUUAAGAAGGCACCUCCAUCUCCACCAAGUCUGUCUUUCUCUGACUCGGAAAGUACACGAACUGAAAGAAACCUGUCAACUAUACCGGAACAGAGAGAAGAUAUGAGUAUUCGGUCUGAAUCUCCACCUAUUACGGAGAGAACGCACUUUACUUAUGUACCAGAACUUCACCCACCACCGAAGCAUAUUCAACCUGCUCCAACUUUCAACAGGAUACUUAGAAAACAACAAGAAAUGGCUGACGCUAGGUCUCUCGCAUCCCUCAACACCGAAAUGACUGACACUCAUUCCGUUACCGAGACCAUAGACGAUUCCCAUCACAUCUUCAUCGCACCGGUGCCACCUCCACCGCCACCGAUAGUACCCCGACAGGAAUAUAUCAUGGACAUGGAGCCACCGGUAGCCCGUUUGGAGCCUCCCAUCGCUGCGGCUCACAAACCGGAAGUUACCUCGCACGUUGUCGAUGACGUUUUCUUGAGAACCAUCACCGAAAAGAAAACGAUAGAAGAUAUUGAGCGACAUAAGAGACUUAUAACCGAAUACCACACUCGACCUAAACCUCCUCCUGCGAUAGAAGAUACUAGAUGGGACGUUACCAUUAAGAAUUAUCCUGUUCAACCCGAGCUGCCAGAGUGGGAGAACUUCUCGGACAUAUCGUCCGCUUCUGGACUUACGUUGACUCCGAAAUCGGAAAGAGCAACCCUUAGUUUACCUCCCCAACCUCAAAUAGAUGAUAACAAGUUACCACUUAAUGCGCCGGAACUAGUUAGUAAUGUAGGACCACAUCAUCCUCAGAGGCAAUUAAUUACUUCAAAUUUGACAACUACUGCCAGACAAACUGAACACACUGCCGACGAAAGGGAAGAAAACUAUCUGUCCACCUUCAACGUUCCUCUCGAAAAUCCGAGCGUUCCAAACUGGAACGUGUUGAUCAGAGUGCUUCAGCCCACCGAGCAAGAAGAAGAAGGCCCGGUAAUCGAGAGCGCCGAGACGUUCAACUCGCAGCUAACCGUUGCAGACAAAAUGAAAUGGAGACAAAUAAUUACGACAGAAUCGACAUUAAGGACGCUCUUGACAGAGGCGAUAGUCAGAGAAGAUUUCGAGAGAAUACGAAAAGAUGAACGAUACGAGAAAAUUUUCGAGCCACCCAAAUGGGAUGUUAUUAUCAGAAUACUUACGCCGAUCGAUAAGCAACCAAAGUCUCGAUUCCGAAAGAAGAACGACUGGGACAAUCGAAGCCGAAGAAGCAGCUUGCCAACUCUAUACGAAUACGACUCCGAUGGGGAGAGUAGUGUAAGGACUUUAACCAGAGAACCGAUGGUUCAUCCGUCUAUACCAAGAAGGUAUUCUAGAUCCAGUAACAGGAGCGAGGCCGACCUCAGAUCAAUGUCAGAAAUGACCGUUGACUUUGGCAGGCCCGACCACAUCGACAGCCAAUCAGAAGCUUCCAGUUAUUAUCCAGACCGGAGGUACUACGAAGAUUCCGAAGCGGAUACUGGAUCGACUCACGCUCGCUCUCUUGCUAGAUCUUUAAGUCAGCCUAGUCUGGCUAGAUCAGCAAGUGAAUUUACUGAAAGAUGGGUAGCUCCAUCUAGAUACGAUACAGCUAGCGAAUUCACAACUCCCGAGGGCACUCCAAAAUCACAAAGGAGCGCCAGGAUGCAGCCGUUUUACUUGCCUAGAAAUGAGGGAGCACAGCACUCGUCGUGGCAAGCUACAGAGUCGCGCAGAACCACACAAGGUCGUGGAACAACUACGGAAGAAGUUACAAGGCAAUUUAGGAGCGAAGCAAGUACUAGUUUUAUGGGACCACCAAGAAAAGGCUGGUUUGGUGAUAAUGACAGCGAAGCUAGCUACAAAUAAAUUGAUUCGUCGUAAAUAACAUCCAGAUGGAAAUAUAAUUGUAGCAAAAAAAUUGUAAAUAAUUAAAAAAAAAAUAAUUAAAUAAACGACAAAAAAUUUUCGACAAUUUCUUUAUAAAAAAUAAUAUAAAAUAUUAUUUUCAAAUAGAAUGACUCAAUCACGUUUUUGGAUAUAAUUAUUUUUAUUCAUUGCUAGUAAAAGAUUUUCCUGAUAAUAAGGAGAAAUGUUAUAUUUCAAUUUUUUUAUAAUAAAAUCCUGUUAAUUAGUAAGAAGAGAAAUUUACUAAUUAAUAAAAAGAGUCUUUCAUUUUUGUCUAUUUUCUGAAUAAAACCGUUUCAUUUUAAGUUGUAUUUCUUAAUUGCAUUAUAAAAACUUACAUUAAUUAUAUUUCCAUUUCUCCUUAGAAUAAAUAAAAUAAUAGCCAUAUUAUUUCCAUGUAUUCCUAAUGUGCUAAUAUUAGAGAUAGGAUUAAAAAAUAAUAUAUUACUAGUAAAUAACUGUAUACUGCCUUAAUAUAUUGUAAACAGUUUACUGUAAAUCGACAAUAAUAUUUUGGUACUCAUUAAUUUAAGUAGUUAGUUCAAUUUUUCACAACUAUUAAUUUUUUGCAGUAGUAAUAUGUAUAAAAGAAAAAUCAGUUUUAUAGAUGUAAAAUAUGAUUACCAAAAUGUCCAUUGUAAUAGCUAUUAAUAUUUGUACUAAAAAUAAAUAUAAUUAGUAACUAGCUGUGAUAACAUUCAUGUAAUUAUGCAAAAGAGAACAUAUAUUUUUAUAAAUAUUUCUAAUUUUCUUUUGUCUAAUUUAAAGGGCUUUUUUGACUCGAAUUUUCACUUUUCCAUAAUAUUUUCCGUCCGUUUAUUUUAGACUUACCUCAUGGAAAACUGAAAACUUGAGUAAACAUUUCAUUUAUUCUUCGAUUGCUUGUCUGCUUCUUUUGAAUAUAUUUCUUACUUGUUUUUUUUUAUAUUGUAACCUUUGCAGCAAAUAGAUUUGCAGCUUUUGUCGGUUUUCCUCGGUAUCGCAUUUGUAAGGGGCGUGCGGUGAAAUAUUAAGUGUAAAAUACUAUGUGUAAUUUAAGUUGAUUCGCUUAUAAAUGCUUCAAUAACGUCGAGAUUCUGACAUUAUUUGGAGAAAUUUUCAAUGAGACCUUUUUGAUUUUCAAAACGUUUCAGUGGAGAAACAAAAUUAUUUACCUAUUUUUUCCACUUUUAUAACCAUAUUAAUUAAUAAUAAUAUUUUUGCGGAGACUAAUAUACAGGGUGGUCCGAACUGUA